AUGAUUAGAAACGGGGAGGAGAUCACGUUCGGUUUCGACCGCCCGCUGGGACCCAUGAGCGAGGCGGACAGAUGCUUUUGCUGGGUUGCGUGUGUCCUUCCGGUCCAGGCUUCCCGCAGGCGGAAGUCGGAAACGUACCGUCUGAUCGUACCCCCGGAGCAUGUGUGCGAGCAUGUCGGCUUUGUCGAGUAUGAGGCUGUGCAGAGUAGCAACUGCAUGCGGUUCCUUGAAGGAUACGGGAAGUUGGAUAUAAUUGCUGUCAUAGUCUAA